AUGUCGCCUCACGAGGACAAGUCUGGCGGCGCCUAUGAGCCUCUGCCCGACGUUGAGCAGGGCGACGCAGCAGAGCCCGGCGUUGCAGCGCCGCACGCAAGGCGCCCGCUCUCGCUGCUGCCGCUCAUCGCACUCAUCUUCUUUGAGGUGUCUGGCGGGCCCUUUGGCACAGAGGACGCCGUCGCCGCCGCCGGCCCGCUCCUUGUCAUCCUCGGAUUCAUCGUCUUCCCCCUCAUCUGGUCCGUCCCCGAGGCGCUCAUCACCGCGGAGCUCGCGACCGCGUUUCCCGAGAACAGCGGGUACGUCGCCUGGGUGUCGGCCGCUUUCGGGCCGUUCUGGGGCUUCCAGGAGGGCUGGUGGUCCUGGCUCAGCGGCGUCACCGACAACAGCAUCUACCCCGUCAUGCUGGCCGACAACCUGCGGCUGUUCUUCCCGGCGCUGUCGGGCGGGUGGCAGAGGGUCGCGUUUGUGGUGUGCUUGUCCGUUGCGCUCACUUACAUGAACUACCGGGGCCUGCAGGUUGUCGGCAACGCGGCCCUCACCACGACGCUCUUCAUCAUAGCCCCCUUCGUCCUGCUCUGCGCCUUCGCCGCGCCGCGUGUCGACCCCUCCAACUGGCUCAAGGUCGACCUGCCGUCCGUGCAGUGGGGGACGUUCCUGAAUAUCAUGUUUUGGAACCUCAACUACUGGGACUCGGUGUCGUGCUUGGCUGGGGAGGUCGACAAGCCGCACAAGACCUUCCCGCGUGCCCUGAUGUGGGCCGUGCUGCUGGUGGUGCUGUCCUACCUGCUGCCCACGAUGGCGGCCCUGGGCAUCAUGGCGGAGGCGGGGGACUGGGAGCUCGGGUACUACGGCAAGGUGGCGCAGCAGGUCGCCGGCAACUGGCUGGCGUGGUGGGUCGUGCUGGCCGCGGCCGCCUCGCAGAUCGGCCAGUUCCAGGCCGAGAUGAGCUCGGACUCGUACCAGCUGCAGGGCAUGGCCGAGCGCGGGUUCCUGCCAAAGGCCCUCGCGCGCCGCAGCCGCCACGGGACGCCCACCGUGGGCAUCCUGCUGUCGUCGAUCGGCGUGUGCUGCCUGUCGAGCUUCGACUUUGUGUCGAUCGUGGAGCUGCUCAACGCGAUCUACUGCAUGGCGGAGCUGCUGGAGUUUGCGGCGUUUGUCGCGCUGCGCGUCACCGCACCAAACCUGCCGCGGCCGUACAGGCAGGUUUCCUUUUGCCGGGGGCGCCGCUUAUUGGGGCUUUUCACCGCUUGUCUGGGGCUCGCGGGCCGGGGCUGA